AUGGAAAACGAAAACCGAGGACGAGAGGAAUACGUGAUGGGUUUGGCGCCGACGAAGGAUUUUUAUACUCGAAUUCGUCAUUUCAUCACACUCGAAAAAUCUCUUCCUUUUUUCGAGAACUCGAUUAAGGUCUACUUGCAGCUCCACUCGGACUUUCUUUUCAAAGCUCGCGAGAAGACGCUUUCUUCAGCACACGACCCAGGCAGUGCAUCUUACAACCAGCUGCUGCGAUUAUUUUUAGGUGGUGACCUGGUAUCCUUUUAAUUAUUUUGCAAAAAGAUCAAAGGCGCUUGAUCAUCAUCUCCCGACAGGUAGCGGGCAUGCUGACACUACCACGUACAACACGAACGAUACAGAGUUACAGCACUAUAUCAUCUAGACAUUCUUGCCGGGUCUCCUUUGCCAGGUCUACAGGCGGCAAGAAAAAGUCUGCGAAAAAUACAGUACAAUUGCAUGCUGCAUGAGGAACGAGGUUAAUAAAAAUAAGAAAGCAGAGGGUCGUACGACCGCUGCAUUAGAUCCCUUAAGAAAGUUGUGAGGUUUGAAGAAGAAAAAUAGCACAACUAACUGGAUAUGGAUAAGGAUAUGUUUGUUGAAUAAGAAUAUCCGCCAAUAAUCCGAUAGACCGACGCUGCAAGGAAAAUCACGAGUGAAACAAGCGAAUGAACCUUCACAAUGGCGAUUCAACAGAGCGUGUUGUUGAUGGCGAGUUCUUCGUCUUCCUCACACACAAAAAUAAAAUAAAAGGACCAAAAAACUGUUUAAUCGGUCUUAUGGUUUUAGUGGAGAGAUGAAGCAGGCCAGUUUCCGGAAGAAUUUCUGUUUUUUUUUCCACCGUUGUAUUUUGAAAAAGUGCUGCCAGAGCUCCUUUCACGGCCCGUGUAUGUUUUGUGCGUGAGAAAUUGAAAUUGAAUAUGAUUUGUCAACACGGUGAUAAUGAAGAUAGACACAAUAAGCCAGUAUCUUCGCAGACGAAACGUCACUUGCAGGUCCUCCUCUAUACUUCUGACAGUUGUUUGUCUCCUAGUACACUUAAUAUUUCACACCUCGUGCCACCUCCGUAGAAAAACAGAUAGAAUAAUGUAUACCGAUGACUAUCUCUAUUUUCGGUGCCAAGAUCUUGUAACACAUAUAGCAAAGAAAAGCGUGCUGCGCGGCUACGAGCCGCAUUGAGCCGCAUCGAAAUAAAAUAAGGACAACGAUAAUUGGAAGGAGCCUUUCCCCAUACACAGCGAGGAUGCAGAUCCUAGCGGCAGAUUUUUGCAGAUAGAAUAGGGGUACCGGCGGCGAAAAAAUGGAAGACACUUCCACGACGCGACUGUAGCUGCAGUACUAUCAUUCAAAGGUGCUGAUGGCUCUCUACGCUACCACCAGUUUUGGCAGUAUUUUAAAAUCAAUUAUAGAAAAAUCGACCGCCUGCUUUCUCCCGUGGGGAGAAUCAGGCGAAAUAUUUUCUUUGUCAUAUAGUCUGAGAAACAAUAAAACGAAAGGAUUUUUCUUGUUCGAUCCAAAUGAUGGAGAACCAGGACUCUGCACGGAUUGGUAGCUGCAACCUAGAGGCGCCGCAGGAUCCAUUCUCGCCUUUGCAUUUUCCAUUUUGUUGUUCCGUGUAAAAGAAGUCCUGUAGAAGAAGUAUCAGAUGUAGUGCAAUCCUCGAGUUCCCGAGUACUUAAUAUGUACACCGGCGAAAAAGUUUUGACUCGCUUCCGUUUGCGCAAGUUAGUGCUAGUGUAUUGAUAUGAUGAAGGACAACUCUACUUAGCGUUCCGACGCAGCGCGUUGUGGACGACCCGACGAGGUGAUUGCAAACUACUCGUUUCGGAGAAAGUGAAA